AUGAAGACCCAAACCUUCUUCGCCGUAUUUGCUUUGGCUACAGCUAUCGUUGCUGUCCCUAUUCCAAACAGCCCAUCGUCGACCUCUAGCGCUUUGGAAUCCAUUGAGAGCUUGGUUGGCUCACCUUUUGGCAAUGGAAAUGGAGACGGAAAUGGCAAUGCUGCUGGCAACAAUGAUGGUGAUAAUGCAUCUGGCAAUGGAUCACAAGAUGGCAACGGCAGGCAUGCAAUUGGCUCAGGGGAUGACUUUGGUAACUCCAACGGCAUUCUCAGUGGGAACAGCGGUUUGAAGAUUGGCCGAACCUCAAGCUCUUCCGAAGAUCUCGGCGACCUGAUCUCAGGACUCGUCGGUUCGCCAUUCGGCAAUGGUAACGGCGAUGGUGAUGGAAACUCUGCAGGUAAUGGUGAUGAUGGAAAUGCAUCUGGCAACGGAUCAGGCGAUGGAAAUGGAAGUGGUUCAAAUGAUCAAUUCGGCAAUGGCAAUGAUAUUCUGAGUGGCAACAAUGGCAUCUCGCUCGGCAAGAAGGUGAGAAGAAAUCCCAGCCCAGAAACUCCUGGUACCUAUGUCGGCAAUAUCAUCGACGCCGUCGUUGUCCCUCUCGAACCUGGCUCCUCGGAUUCUGUCAUCGGCUCGCCAUCUGAUAAUGGAAAUUCUGAUGGCGAUAACAACUCUGCCGGUAAUGGAGACGAUGGCAACGCAUCUGGCAACGGAAGCAAUGACGGCAACAACUCUGGCUCAAACGACAACAUAGGAAAUGGAAACGAUAUCCUAUCCGGCGACUGCGGCGUCUGCACUGGCGCAAUCACCGUGCGUGACUUACCAGACGAUGCUCUCGACUUGAUUCCCGACCAAUCCGUCACAUCUCUCAAUCAAGAUUUCUCUCAGGUCUUCUCUGACGGCCCGACAGAUGUUGCGGGGGCUAUCUCCGGCGCCUUGAGCGGAGACGAUACGAGCGAGACUUUCAAUGGAAAGAGACAGGUUUUGACUGGGUUGGAGGACCUCAUUGCUGACGAUGUUGUGGCGUAUAUCCCAUAG